AUGGCUUAUGCUAAGGUCUCUCUUUUGCCUCUCUUCCUGCUUGCCACCUUAGUAAUAAUAUUUUCGAUGGAGAAGGUAGAAGCAGUUGAUUUUCUGAUGGAGAAGGUAGGAGAAGAUAAUUGUGAAGAUUUAUUUUGUAACAUAUUUGGGAAAAAAUGCGAUGAACGUUGUGGCCAUUGUGAAUGUGUAUCUUUUGGGAAAGAUUCAGAUCCUUUUCCUAGAGUAAGAUGCGAGAAAGAUUCAUAUGUUAGGAAGAUAGUGGAACAAACUCCUAACUUAUGUGAAACUCACGUGGACUGUAUAAAAAAAGAAAGCGGGAGCUUCUGCGCUUUCAUUCCAAAUUCAAAUAUUCAUCAUGGCAUGUGUUUUGACUCUAACUCCCAAGCUCAAGCCACAAUCAAGAAUAUUCUAAUUUCUGAAUUCUCAAACUUGUUGAAGAUGACUUCGGCAAUUUAA